AUGCUUCGCUCGCGGCGCGGGCGGCAGCAGCGUGAGCGCGUGGGCGAAGCUGAACGUGACGGGCGCGUGGGCGGCGGCGCCGGGCGCGCUGCGCUGCGUGCCGGCCGGCGCGCGCCGCGUGGCGCUGCGCUGGCGCCCCGCCCGCCGCGCGCGUCGUCGCCUACACUGUGGACGCCACGCGCGCAGGUACUCUAUGCACUAUACUGUUGGCUGAACGUGACGGGCGCGUGGGCGGCGGCGCCGGGCGCGCUGCGCUGCGUGCCGGCCGGCGCGCGCCGCGUGGCUCUGCGCUGGCGCCCGCCCGCCGCGCGCGUCGUCGCCUACACUGUGGACGCCACGCGCGCAGGUACUCUAUGCACUAUACUGUUGGCUGAACGUGACGGGCGCGUGGGCGGCGGCGCCGGGCGCGCUGCGCUGCGUGCCGGCCGGCGCGCGCCGCGUGGCGCUGCGCUGGCGCCCGCCCGCCGCGCGCGUCGUCGCCUACACUGUGGACGCCACGCGCGCAGGUACUCUAUGCACUAUACUGUUGGCUGA